AUGAUUGUCGACUGCCAUUUGUCUUGUAUGUUACUGUUAUUCGUUGUUGGACUACCGUGUGCUAAAUGUUUUCCUGUGGACUUGGCGGAAGAAGCUGAGGUCGAGCAAGAUAUCGCUGACAUCAGUCGCCUUGCCGAACACAUCGAAUCUGGUGAGAUCGUCUCCAGAGAUAGAAGAGGAUUACCCAGGAUGGCAAAGAUUAUGAGGGCAACUUACAAUGUAUCAGAUCUUGAUGUCAUCUACACAGAGAUGCGAAGACAAAAAAUACGCUUCCCCAUUGGGGAUCGAGUAUUUUCCAACAGCAUCAUAACCCUUGCCCUCCUCAAAGUUUACAAGAAACCACCAUCGGCACGGCAUUGGAAGCGCCUGGUAGAGAGGCACAACAUACACCACGGUCGAGUCAGUGUCCACCAAGUGGUGUCAUGGAAAAAUAACCAGGCAAAAAUUAUAGACUCCAGACUUGUCUCAGUAGAGGAGACAGGAUGGAUGACAUUCCAUGUGACAUCGGCCAUAAAGGAAUGGACGUCAAAUCCAUCAAUAAACAAAGGCUUUGAGUUGAGGACAGAAAGCAUCCGUCCAGGAGAACCAGCUGCCAGGAUUGCCAGACAGAUACGAUUCAUUCCCCAGAGUAAACGAGAUGAUAAGGAAAACAGACCAAUACUGAUUAUCUGCUUCAAGCCAAAGACAUAA